AUAUUUAUCUAUUUGACGAUAACUCACUUCACAAAAAGAGUGUAGACGUUACAACAACCGAAUACGCCUGCUUUAACAAAACAACAGAAUGGAUCGAACUGCAAUAUUGUUAACCAUCGUUUUUCUUUUUGUAAAAUGUUUGCCGGGCCAGUCUGUGACAAGACGGGAGAUCCUAAAUAAUUUAACAAUGAGUUCCGAAUACGAUGCUGGAUAUCCGGCUGAUUACGACAAACCUAUGCCGAGUAAUGUUAUUGUACAACUAGAGAUAUCAGAUGUGACAUCAAUAAAUGAGCAAAGAAUGGAGUACAGUCUUAUGAUGUUUUUGAGAAUGCAGUGGGUCGAUAGCAGAUUGGCAUUUAAUGAUUCCGCAAAUUUCACUCGAAUCGAAUUAACUGGAAAUAUGGUCAACUUGAUCUGGACACCUGAUGUGUACAUCAGUAAUGAGAGAGAAGUUGAUGCUCGUUCACUUGUGAAACACGAAAAACUUGCCUACAUCGAUUGUCAUGGACUAGUAUCAUUCAGCAUGAGAAUAUCAUUGACAGGUUAUUGUCACAUGGAUUUAACAAAAUAUCCGUUUGACGAACAAACAUGCAAUGUGAGGUUGCAAAGCUACGCAUUUACGUCGGACAAACUCAUUUUACAAUGGUCUGAGUAUAGUGUACUAACUAAAGACUACAAAUUGACAAAUUAUGACGUACACCUAGGAAGUCAAUCGGAAGGUAUAGAAGGAACAGAUAAGAGAUCCCUUGCAGCGGGCCAGUUCUCCUUCUUGACAAUAAGUAUACUAUUUGAAAGAAAGAGUCAAGCAUAUGGAUCCAUGUACUUUGCUCCAUUCCCAAUAUAUGUUGUGAUUUCUCUGUGUUCAAUUUGGUUAAGAAAAGAGAUAGGCUCUUGCAUUGCUUUAUGUACUGGUGGAAUCAUGGCAACCGUGCUACAAUGGAUUGCGGUAUACUCAAGAUUGCCACCUGUUUGGUACUUUACAUAUCUUGAUGGUUGGAUUUUGGGAAACCUUGUCUGCAUUUGCGUUAUUCUUAUAAUAAAUGUAAUCUUGCAUUUAUGCGGACCCAAGGUUUGUCUACUGUUUACUAGACACGUUUAAAUAAAAGAUAUAUCAAAUGGUCUCAUUGGUUGUUACUAUAAAAACUUAUCAUUUUCUAAACAAUUUUCAAAUAAGAAAUAACUAAGUUAUUACAACUUUAUUUAAAUAAUUUCAAUAAUUUUGAACAAAAUUAAA